UACCCGUCCGCAUCGAACAGAAGGUCAAGCUCAACAGAGGGGGCCACUCCACCAUGCCGACGAAAGCCUUGAAUAGAUGGUGGAUGCGUGAGACACAUCCUGCGCAAGAGAGGCAACGAACAUUCCACGGCGCAGCGUAGCAAGCCAGUGACAAGUUGCCGCGGAGAGCAAGCAACGGCAUGGGCACGAGCACUCGAAGAGGUCCGCGCGGGGAGCCCGUGGGCGUCCGCGCGACCUCCGGCAGCACGUGCUCAAUGCUCCUCGUGCUAUAGCAUCUCACGGGAGCCUCCCCUACCAUCUUGUCCGCUCGUGCGAAUCGAUGAAGGCGGAACUGAAGAGGGUGUACCAGGCUCCCAUGAUCUGCAACCGAAUUAUUCGGCUGUUGGCCUCUUCAGGUCGAACUGGGCGGCACUUUGUGCAGCGCUCGCUGCAGGCGCCUCGUGCCAUGUUUGGCUCUAAGAGGCGACGAAGUCUCCUGGCACUGGUGCGCCUCACGGUGGCUCGCCAAAUCUGCAGCGCGGGCGAGAGCAGGCAGCAGGUCACACGGCAGCGCAUGGUGAGAAGAAGCAUCAGCGCAGCGCGCACGCGAACUGUAAGCAUUUGGGCCCGUGAGCCGCCUCGAGCAGCGGGUAUCGCAGCCACCGUACUUCUGGCCGUGGUCCCGAGAAAAAGCCAUGUGCUGGCGGGCGCCUCGUUCGCCAUCGUCGCGGACCUCUAGCCCCAGCCGCCGCAGGCGCCGCACCACGGCAGCGCGAGGGUGCGGGCGACAGCAGCGGCCCUCCUCGUUCCUGAAUUCACUGACGCGUCGAGGGCGCAACGGGUGAGGCCCAAGCGGGGAAACUGAAGGGGAAGCUAAGAUAUCCUGCGAUGUCGGAGGACACCGUGAAAUGCACAGCUAUCCACAGGCAUUGUGAUCGACGCACGCUGUGCUACUUCCUUGCGCAUAUGACAAGGUGCUCGGCGACAAGAAGAAGAGCACAGCGAGCACACUGUGCAGAGCAGAUCCUUCAACUCUGCAGUGCAACCAGAGCCACCAAUGAUGCCCCUCC